CCGCAAAAGCAGUAAAUAUACGCAUGAAAACACUUCUAGGCCAUGAACAUGAAACAGUGCAAUGAAAAACGUAGGAAGUAUGCGAGCCGUUCGUAACCUCCAACGUCGUAGGUCGAUGACACCCCCUGUCGAAUUGAGCGUCCUGUCCCUUUAAACGCAUCUGAGCUCAGCGCGGAAGUAAAGCGUGGAGCUCAGCUGACGCGCGUCCGCACCCUCAGCUUUUGUUUACAUCGCCUCGCGUUUCGAGCCUCCGCCGCCGAGGAAUAAGCCCCAGGCCCAGGCGGCCAGCCGACCCCCAACCCUCCCCAGUGAGCUUCGGAGCAGGAAGCAUGGCGGAGGGUCCCGAGGCCGAUGAGUCCGAGCCGCCUCGCUGUCAUUUAGCUCCGCUCAUCACCGUCUCCGAUCUGCCGGGGGCCACUGCAGCAGGUCGUAACCUGAAGGAAUGGCUGGAGGAGCAGUUCUGUGACAAGCCUCUGGAGCAGGAUGACAUGCGGCUGCACAAUGCCGCCUAUGUCGGGGAUUUGGACACCCUGAGGAACCUGCUGCAGGAAGAGGCCUUUCGACACGUAUGUGACCAGUCGAGGGUGUGUCCUUUCCCCUCAUUUCUCAGGCGUAUCAAUGAGAAAUCCGUGUGGUGCUGCGGCUGCCUGCCGUGCACGCCUCUGCGCAUCGCGGCGACGGCGGGCCACGCCGCCUGCGUGGCGUACCUGAUCGCGCGAGGAGCCGACGUGGACCUGGUGGACGUCAAGGGCCAGACGGCGCUUUACGUGGCUGUGGUCAACGGUCACCGCGACUGCGUGCGCAUCCUCCUGGAGGCCGGGGCCGAUCCCAACGGGAGCCGCCACCACCGCAGCACGCCGCUUUACCACGCCGCACGGGUCGGACGGGUAGACGUGCUGCAAGAACUCAUCAGGUUCAAUGCUGACGUGGACAUGGACCACCUGCUGGGUCCUCGGCUCCUGUUAAGCGCCCGCACCCUCAACACGUUGGUGGUGUGCCCCCUGUACAUCAGCGCCGCCUACCACCACCUCCACUGCUUCCGAGCCUUGCUGGAGGCCGGCGCGCAGCCCGACUUCAACUACUCGGGGCCCGUUUGCCACGACGCCCUGAGCCGCGGCCUGGCCUCCUGCAUGCUGGACGCCGUGCUGCGGCACGGCUGCGAGCCGGCCUUCGUGCAGCUUCUCCUGGACCACGGGGCCCAGCCGGCACACGUGGUUUGGGACGAGUCGGAUGUCGGCGCUCCCAACCGCAGGAAGGUGGAUCCGGAAGCCCUCAGGACCUUUCUGGAAGCCAGGAGAUGCCCCCGCAGGCUGACCCACGUGUGCCGCGUAGUCAUCCGCAGAGCCAUGGGCAAGAAGCGUCUGCACCGUAUACCGUCACUGCCGCUUCCGGAAGCCAUCAAGAACUUCCUGCUUCACCAAAACUGACAGCCUGGGCUUAAACCGUGACAAUUCUGGCUCUGGUGGACUCCAUUUUUUUUUUUCGACUUGAAUGCAUUUGAUCACUGUUUAUUCGUUACAGUAGUCUUAUAGUCUUGGUUAUGUAUGUACAGUAUCAUGCUAUAUGAUUGAAUCAGUACUGCAAUUUUCAUAAAUGCAAUCCAUUUGAACUACAAUAGGUGGCUGUGGAGAAGUUUAAACAUUUGAUGGGCAAGAAAUGUUAGCGCAUGCUCAUGUAGCCAUAAUUUAAUUUUACUUUUUUAAAAGACAACUUAUUACUAUGCUAAAAAGAACAAUGAUCAUUAAUGGUACAGAAGGGCGCCUGUCACUCACUGAGUUUAUGGAAUGUCUGCUGCUCAGACGCUUCUUUGUAUUUUGCCAAGUGUGUCAUAUUUAUUUAUAUUGAGAAAAAAUAAAAUACUGUAUUAAUCCUUGAUUA